AUGCAGGUGUCGUUUGCAUGUUCGGACCAGGACGGAGGAAGAGGAGGGCUGAGGCCCCCGGGGAAUGGAGGGCACAGCAAGCAGAAUGCCACCAGUGCAAACACGGCCAGCCAGGCGCGGGCACGCUUCCGUACGGUGGCCCUCAUCGCCCGCAGCCUGGGCUCCUUUACCAACCGCUACCACCACAACCUUAAGGAAUCCACCGCCAAGCUCACUGGCAUGAAGUACCGGAACCUGGGGAAAUCAGGCCUGCGUGUCUCCUGUUUGGGCCUCGGUACUUGGGUAACGUUUGGAGGUCAGAUUUCAGAUGAGGUGGCUGAGCAGCUGAUGACCAUCGCCUACGAGAACGGGGUCAAUCUCUUCGACACAGCCGAAGUUUACGCUGGGGGGAAAGCCGAGAUAAUCCUGGGGAACAUCAUCAAGAAAAAGUGCUGGAGGAGGUCGAGUCUGGUGAUCACCACCAAGCUCUACUGGGGAGGGAAAGCGGAGACAGAGAGAGGACUCAACAGAAAGCACAUAAUUGAAGGUCUGAGGAGCUCUCUACAGAGGAUGCAGCUGGAGUAUGUGGAUGUGGUGUUUGCCAACCGGCCCGACAGCAACACCCCCAUGGAGGAGAUCGUGAGGGCGAUGACCCAUGUGAUCAACCAGGGUAUGUCCAUGUACUGGGGGACAUCACGGUGGUCUGCCAUGGAGAUCAUGGAGGCGUACUCUGUGGCUAGGCAGUUUAACCUGAUCCCUCCAGUGUGUGAGCAGGCCGAGUAUCAUUUCUUCCAGAGGGACAAGGUGGAGACACAGCUGCCUGAGCUCUACCACAAGAUAGGUGUGGGUGUGGUAUCCUGGUCGCCUCUAGCCUGUGGAAUCAUCACUGGGAAGUAUGAGAAUGGUAUCCCAGAAUGCUCCAGGGCCUCCAUGAAGCCGUAUGCCUGGUUGAAGGAGAAGAUAGUGAGUGAGGACGGGAGGAAACAACAGGCCAAGCUGAAAGAGCUGACUACCAUCUCUGAGAAGCUGGGUUGCACUCUGCCACAACUAGCCAUCGCCUGGUGCCUGAGGAAUGAAGGAGUGAGCUCAGUGUUGCUGGGAACAUCCAACCCCAUCCAGCUUGCAGAGAACCUGAGGGCCAUGGAGGUCAUUCCAAAGAUGACAGCAGGCAUUGUCACAGAGAUUGACCACGUCUUGGGAAACCGACCGCACAGUAAGAAGGACUUUCAUCAAGCACAUUAG